UAAUAAGGACGACAAUAAUAGGCAAAAGUCAUGGCGAAUCCAUGUGGCGAAUUCCGUAAGGAUAUGCAGAAAUGUGUCGCACCAGCAGGACCACAGGGAACAACUUUAUUACCUGCGGCCUGUUCCACGGCACCGAUUCAAAGUCAAAGCGCACCUGUAACGCCAAUGCGACCACGAUCACUUUAUACAGCGCACAGUUAUCAUGCACAGACCGAGGACACUAAUUUUCAAGUACGUAAUUCAUAUUCUCAUGUUUGCUCUUUUUUAAUCAUCCGAGAACAAAUUCUCUUUCAGCGGUACAAUGAAUUUUCCAAGUACUUUGAAACACCACCAGCGGAUCAAUGGAGCGGUGGUAUAACUGGUGCAACCACUUAUUCGAGUUCAGGGGCGAUUUGGAGACAGCCAAGAACUCCUAAAACAAUGGCCACUCCGUAUUACACGACCGAAGAGGCCUGUCUUUAUACAGAAAAUUGGAGGGAACACGAGACCGAUGCGAGUGCAGGAGGUGCUGUCGCCACGCCACACGGUACUAUUUCCCUGAGACUCCGCAAUAGGAUUCGAGUUGACAUGACGGUCGAUCGUGCUGUAAGAGUGAUCAAUUUUAAGGACUUUUCGUUGAGUGUUUUUUACUCCGGCUCGCGACAUGGAUCGUCGUGCCUGCAAGAAGCGGCCACAGCUCUCGGAGCUGCUCAAUAUUGGAUGACAGAUGAAGGUGUUGAAAAUUGGAUCAUCAAUAAUGUCAGAAUUUCUCAGACUCCGGAUGGUCUUGUCAGAAUUGCGCGUAAUAGCAACAAGUAUCAGCUACGAACAUCACCUAGCAAUGGAACUGCAUCCCUAACAACUCCGUUUCUACAUUGCACAGCAUCGUUGGGUCAAACGUCUCAUCUAUUUGUGCGUCGAGGAGAGCGCCGAAUGCAUUACGACGGAACAAGUUUUAUUGUGCGCAAUGCAGGACACAGUGCUGGAUUUGAUGACAAUGACCAGUUAAAAGUCUAUUGAAAAGUUUAAAUAUCUAUUAGAUAUUACCAUAAGAUUAUAUUUUUUAAUUGCAAACAUGUGCGUGUGCGUGUGCAUGUGUGUGUGAUAGUCUCAACAAUUAAAUAUAUUUAUCGCUAAAAGCCGCUCGAUGAGUAACGUCAAAGGAGAUUUUAUAAUAAAAAAGCAAUAUGCUAUUUCAUAUACACAAACUAUAUACCUAUAUAUAUAUAUACAUAUACACGUAUAUAUAUAUAUAUACGUGUGAAUGUAUAUUUGUGUAUAUAAUUAUAAUUAUGCUAUAAAAAAAAGCAGACAAAAGCAUCGCAGGUUAUCGUGUAGGCAACUUUUUUAAGUUUAGAAAUUCAAUUGAAUUGCAUUUCCAACACAUGUUUAGGAAAAUUUAAUUUAAUCGUUUUAAUUUCCAUAAGUAAUAACAUGACAUUAUCUCUAAAAAUAUAAAAUCUUGUCAUAUUCAAGCGAAAGAUAAAAUUGUUAAAUUUGCAAUAAUUAACAUUUUCCUUAAGUAAUGUUCUUUACUGGUAUUAAUAAAUGUAUAAAAAGCUACAUAUUGCGUAUCUUGUUUUGUAAUCUAUAUAAAUGUUACUCAUAAUACUUACAUGCGGAUCAUUUUAUUAUAUUUACUCGGCAAAUUCAUCCAUUAUACUUUCAGUAUUGUUAUCGAUAAUAUUUAAUGGUGAUACAUUACUUCCAAUAUCACUUGAGGAAGAGAGA